GGAACAUACAGCAACCCACUCGAGCUGCUGCUGUCACUUCACGGCUGACACUACAAACCUCGCCACAAGCAGCACAUACAAACCACAGCAAUCAUGGCGGAGGCGCCAAUUGUGCUCGAUGGCGGUACGGGCUUCCUCAAGGCUGGCUACGCCGGUCAGAACUUCCCGGACCACCAAUAUCCCUCGAUCGUCGGCCGGCCAAUAUUGCGAACAGAAGAGCAGGCACCUGGCGACAUUCAACUGAAGGAUAUAAUGUGUGGAGAUGAGGCAGCAGCGGCGAGAUCAAUGCUACAAAUCACAUACCCGAUGGAGAACGGUAUUGUAAAGCGGUGGGAGGACAUGCAGCACCUCUGGGACUACACAUUCUUUGAGAAGAUGCAGCUCGAUCCGACCGGCCGCAAGAUCCUGUUAACAGAACCUCCGAUGAAUCCGCUCAAGAACCGAGAGCAAAUGUGCGAGGUCAUGUUCGAGCGCUACAACUUCGGCGGUGUAUAUGUUGCGAUCCAGGCAGUGCUGGCCCUCUACGCACAAGGACUCUCAUCUGGAGUUGUUGUCGAUUCUGGCGACGGUGUUACGCAUAUUGUGCCUGUAUAUGAGAGCACAGUCCUCAAUCAUCUUACGCGAAGGCUGGAUGUUGCAGGUCGCGACGUAACUCGGAAUCUGAUUUCGCUGCUACUACGACGAGGAUAUGCGCUGAACCGUACCGCCGAUUUCGAAACGGUUCGUGCGAUCAAAGAGAAAUUGUGCUAUGUAUCAUAUGAUCUUGCACUGGACCAACGGCUCAGCGAGGAUACCACGGUUCUUGUCGAGUCGUAUACCUUGCCGGACGGACGUGUUAUCCGCGUCGGCAGUGAGCGCUUCGAGGCUCCGGAAUGUCUUUUCCAACCACAUCUGGUCGAUGUUGAACAGCCUGGUAUUGCUGAAUUCCUCUUCAACACGAUACAAUCAGCCGACGUGGACAUUCGAUCGUCACUUUAUAAAGCCAUUGUUCUUUCCGGAGGAAGCAGCAUGUACCCGGGCUUGCCAUCGAGAAUGGAAAAGGAGAUCAAGCAGCUGUGGCUCACAAAAGUACUUGGUGGCAACCCGGAGCGAUUGAGCAAGUUUAAAGUGCGAAUCGAAGAUCCGCCCAGGAGACGACAUAUGGUGUUCCUCGGCGGAGCCGUCCUUGCGAACAUCAUGGCCGACAAGGAGAAUAUGUGGGUAUCAAAGCAGGAGUGGGAAGAGCAAGGAUCUGCAGCCUUGAAGAAGCUAGGCGAGCGAUGAGACUCAAUCACAGCAUUGGAGACGCAGCGGCUGCCUUUUGCCGCCCGAAGGCGGAGGGCGUGUAGCUCAUGCUUUGGCCUAAAUAGAACGCCCCGAAUGCAAAUACGUUCCUACUGAUUCAAAAAGCUGAGGACGUUCG